UGAGUUUGUGGAUAUGCUCUGAUAGGGAGAUGCUCUCGCAGGGGACAUAGUGAGCAUUUGACUCGCAGAAGAAAAGGCAAUCCAAGUGGCUCCUCACUUACCCACCCUGGCACCCCACACGCACAUAACACAUACUGAAAUGUGGCGUCGAAGUUUGAGCACCACCGCGUUGACGGACAAGAAAUGGGACGCCCUUGUGAUCGGUGGUGGCCACAACGGCCUCGUCGCCGCCGCGUAUCUCGCUCGCUCCGGUCUUUCCGUCGCCGUCCUCGAGCGCCGCCACAUCAUCGGCGGUGCCGCCGUGACGGAGGAAAUAAUACCUGGCUUCAAAUUCUCGCGUUGUAGCUACCUUCAAAGUCUCCUCCGUCCUUCAAUCAUCAGUGAAUUAGAGUUGGGGAGACAUGGACUGAAGCUGUUGAAAAGAAAUCCCUCGUCAUUUACGCCUUGUCUCGAUGGACGAUAUCUCCUUUUAGGUUCUGAUAAGAAACUUAAUCAUUCUGAAAUUUCCAAGUUCUCUCUGCGCGAUGCCGAAGCCUAUCCAAGGUAUGAGAAUCAAGUAGAGAGUUUCUGCAAGUUUAUAGAUCCACUCUUAGAUUCAUCUACUCCUGAAACUCUGCAAGGUGACUCAUCAUUUAGUUCACGGAUGAAGAAUAAAUUACAUAAGUCGGAUUUCUGGGCUCACUUUAUGCGCCGCUCUCUUUCCUUGGGACAAAAAGAAAUGGUAGAUUUCAUGGACUUUCUAGUAGCACCAGCUUCGAAGGUUUUAAAUAACUGGUUUGAGACUGAUGUUCUGAAGGCAACGCUUGCAACUGAUGCUGUGAUAGGAACUGUGUCAAGUGUCCAUGCAUCUGGGAGUGGAUAUGUUCUACUGCAUCACAUGAUGGGAGAAACCGACGGUGAUAAGGGAAUUUGGUCGUAUGUUGAAGGUGGAAUGGGCUCAAUAUCUCAGGCCAUUGGUAGGGCUGCCAGUGAAGCUGGGGCUACUAUAGUGACCAAUGCUGAGGUCUCGGAGUUGAUAAUUGAGGAUUCUGGCACAGUAAACGGGGUUCUGCUGUCUGAUGGAACACAAGUGCGUUCUUCGGUUGUUUUGUCAAACGCAACACCUUACAAAACUUUCAUGGAACUAGUACCUAAAAGCAUUCUUCCUGAUGAAUUCGCUUCUGCUAUCAGUAACACUGAUUAUAGCUCUGCAACUACCAAAAUCAAUGUAGCUGUUGACAAAUUGCCAAAGUUUAAGUGUUGCAAGUUGGGUGAUCCCAGUUCUGGUCCUCAACAUGUGGGAACAAUACACAUUGGAUCUGAGAGUAUGGAAGAUAUUGACUCUGCCUGUCAAGAUGCCGUAAAUGGUUUACCAUCCAGGAGGCCUGUUAUUGAGAUGACAAUUCCUUCUGUCUUGGACAAGACUAUUUCUCCCCCAGGAAAGCAUGUGAUUAACUUGUUUGUUCAGUACACACCAUAUAAGCCUUUCGAUGGCAGUUGGGAAGACCCUGCAUACAGGGAAUCAUUUGCACAACGAUGUUUCACUUUAAUUGACGAGUAUGCCCCUGGUUUCAGUUCAUCGGUGAUUGGCUAUGAUAUGUUGACUCCACCAGACCUUGAAAGGGAGAUAGGCUUGACAGGAGGAAAUAUCUUCCAUGGUGCCAUGGGACUAGAUUCUCUCUUUCUGAUGCGGCCUGUCAAAGGAUGGUCAAAUUACAAGACUCCGUUGCGCGGAUUAUAUUUGUGUGGAAGUGGAUCACAUCCCGGAGGUGGCGUAAUGGGUGCACCAGGACGGAACUCUGCACGGGUGGUUAUUCAAGACAUCAAAACCUUUUGAAGCAAUGCCUCUAUUAUGUCUGUACUGUCAUGUGAACACUUUUUUUCUUAGUUUAUCUUUUUGGCAAAAAGAAUUCAAUGCUUCUAAUUUGUUGACAGAGUUUGAUGUAUAUUUUAGUUGUUGCAUUA